CGGAAGGCCGCGCGCAGGCCCCGCGCCGCCACCGCCGGGCCAUGGCCGGGCUGUCCCGCACGCUCGGCAUCUUCGGCGCCUUCGUGGCCGUGGUGGGAGCCGCCUUUUACCCCAUUUAUUUCCGGCCGCUGCUGCUGCCGGAGGAGUACAAGAAAGAACAGUCAAUAAACCGAGCUGGUAUUGUUCAAGAGGAUAUUCAGCCUGCAGGGUUAAAAGUGUGGUCGAAUCCAUUUGGAAGAAAGUAAUUGGUGGCUGAGUGUAUUGCAAAACUGAAGAUGGACGCCUUCAGCUGCUGCUUCUUUCACUGAAGUGUGUAUGUGGGUGUCACUGGAAGAGAAUUCUGAAUAUGCUGUGUGAUCACACAAGGAGCAACAAAGGCUACUGGUUGGAAUUCCAAGAGAUAAAACCAGGCUAGUUUUGAGAGAGAAUGCUGACGCAUAGCUCACAGACUGUUAGAAAGCUGAAUGAUUAUUGAGUAUAGUAAUGAAAUACUUAUUUCCUUGAGAAAAGGAAAAAGGAUUUGCUUCUAAUCUGUAGACACUUGUUGAGUAAAUUAUGGAUAGAAUAAAUCGUGCAGACUGCUGCAAUUUCCUCCCUAGUUUGAAAGUUACAGCAUGGUGAGUGUAAAUUUGUACAUUAAAAUUUUUAAACCAA